AUCUCCUUCCAUCCUAGAAUCACAAAGCACAAGGGCUCGAUUUUUUAGAAGGGUUUUGCCAUGGAUAAGAUAUAACAUAGAUUUAAUGCUGCUUAAUAUUUAUCUCUUAGAUAUCACAACCUAUGUUACCGACAAUUCACUAAAAACAGUUGGAAACGUCGAUAUUAACAGAUUGACCGCCAUGCCUAUUUUGACAGUCCAUGUCACAUGGAUUAUAUUAUUUACUUGUAUUAAAAAAGAAUAAUAGAAAACUGAAUUGAAUUACAGUAUUAAAUUGCAUGAAAAUAUGAUAUGUAAUAUAUUUAUUUGUCUGUUCCCCAUCGAUGCCCGUUGCACCAUAAACAGAAGAGAAAUUGUGUAACAAACAUUUAUACCGUAUCAUUUUGUUUUUUAUCAAAUACAUAUGUCAUCUGAAGAAGUUUUGAGUGAUUCAUCAAGUGAAAUAUACAAAUCAUCUACAAUUAAACGUUGUAGAGUCAUAUCUGAUGAUGAAACUGAGAGUGAACAUGAAAGUGACUGGUAUGCAGAUAGCAAUAAUAGCAAUCAAAUAUGGUUUAAUCCAAUUGGCAAUCAACCCAAUUUGAAAUCUUUUUCCGGCAUACCUGGUAUCAAUGUAACAAAUAAUAAAGUUUUAGAAUGUAAUUCACCAAUAGAUUUUUACUCAUUAUUUUUAAAUGAAGAAAUAAUCCAGAUGAUUGUAAAUCAAACUAAUCUUUACGCAAACCAAAUGAUGGAAAGAAAUCAAUCCGAGCGAUUGAGUAAAUGGAUUCCCACUAAUAUACAUGAAAUUAAACAGCUCUUUGGUUUAAUUAUGUGGAUGGGAUUGGUAAAACUUCCAACUAUACAACUUUACUGGACGAAAGAUGUUUUAUUUGCUCAAAGUUUUCCACGUACUGUUAUGUCUCGCAAUCGAUUUGAAAUAUUAUUGAGAAUGCUUCACUUUGCAGACAAUGAGCAAAUUAGUAAUCCAAAUAACUUAUUGUAUAAGUUACAAACGUUGAUUGAUACAUUAAAUAAAAAUUUUAAAGAAUAUUAUAAUCCUAGUGAAACUGUUUGUAUUGAUGAAUCUAUUAUCCCAUUCCGUGGACGAAUUAUAUUUAGACAAUAUAUAAAAAUAUUUAAGUUAUGCAGCACAUCUGGAUAUACAAAUUCUUUUCAAGUAUAUGCAGGGAAAACUACAAAUACAGAAGAAACGACACCCAUAAGUGUUGUAAUGUCUCUAUGUCAAAAUAUAAUAAAUCUUGGACAUACAUUAUGUACAGAUAAAAGAUAUACAAGUAUUGCUUUAGCUGAAAAAUUACUUUCCGUUGAUACACAUUCGAUUGGAAUUCUUCAAGUUAAUCGUCGCGACAUUCCAAAAGACAUAUUGUCAAAAAAGCUACAAAGGGGUGAAAUAAUUGCAAGAGAACAUAAAAAUGGUAUAACUAUUUUGAAAUGGAAGGAUAAACGGAAUGUACUCAUGCUUUCAACUAAACAUUCUACAGAAAUGGUUACAGUUAAUGGCCGAAGGAAUAAUUGUAUUAAACCAAAAAUUAUUGCAGAUUAUAAUAUCAGUAAAUCAUAUGUUGAUUUAUCCGAUCACAUGACAUCAUAUCUCAGUCCAUUGAGAAAAGGCCAGAAAUGGUAUAAAAGACUGGCCUUCGAACUUUUAUUUAAUACCUCUGUAAUAAAUGCUUGGAUAAUGCAUAAUAAUAUAAUAAACAAUCGUAUAUCUAUUUUGGAAUUCCGACAAAAAUUAGUUAAACAAUUGACGGAACAUCUAAAUAAUACUGACACAUCUUUGCCUAGAAUGCAACUUACCAUUAGAAGGCAUCAUGAAAUACAGAGCAAAAAUGGAAGUGCACGGCAAACUAGACGACGAUGUAAAAGAUGCUAUGAAGAAAAUGUGAAGAAAUUUGGUCGAGAAUUUGCAAAAAAUCGUACAAAAAAAGUAACAACAUUUUGUGGAAAUUGUACUAGCAAUCCUUAUUAUUGUUUGCCAUGUUUUAAUACAGUUCAUCGCGAUCUACCCAUUUAAGAUCAUUUUUAAGAUUUUCAUAAAUAAAAUUAUUACAUCAUC